AAUAAUAAUUUAAUAAUAAUAAUAAUAUUUUAAUAAAAAUAUUAAUGUUAUGGAUGAGGAUUUGUAUGAGUUGAAUUAUUUGGCGGCGGAGCGUUUGAGGGGGAGGAUAUUGUCGGAGUAUUCGUUGGAAUCUCACGAGUUACCAGCGGCUAAGUAUAAAAGUAAAUACAACUUUAUUACCAUCGAUAAAGGUAGUAAAUCGUGUAAAAACUGGGAAGAUUACGAGAAAUUUGGGAAAUCGCAGCCGAACAGGUGUUACUACUGUAAUAUUAAGUACAGCGGCGUUUUGAACCUCGUUUCAAUGUCAGACUCAGUAAUGUUACUAAUGGACAGCAUGAGGAACUGUGUACUGGAGGAUCAGCUACUCCUAGUCCCCAGCUCUCACGUGAAAAACGCGCUUUUUCUAGAUGAAAACGCCUACACUGAGCUCAGAAAUUAUCAAAAAACACUCGUACACAUGUUUCAACAACUGAACAAAUUCGUCAUAUUCUCAGAAAUCUCUCUAACCCCCGGGAAAAAUGAUAAACACACUGUCAACACAGUUAACACUGUCGACAGAGUUAACAGAGUCAACAAUAAUGACAUGAGACAUUGUAGAAUAGAAUGUUAUGGUGUGGACAAAACGUAUUAUGAAGAUGUGAAAUGUUACUUUUCAAAGGCGAUUGAUGAGAUUGGAUCAAACUGGAGUGAGAAUAAGAAGUUACAAGUGACUGGGAAAUCAGGUGUCAGAGGUGUAAUACCACAGGGUUUCGACUAUAUUCACAUCGAUUUCUCACUCUCAGGUGAAGCAAUUGCCAAAGUCAUUGAUAAUCCUAGCACUGUAAAACUUACAUUUUCAAGAGACUUAAUCGCAUCAGCACUUAACUUAAACCAGCUGGAACGCAAAUUUACACACCCUCAACAAUAUAAUCAAGCCAUAAAUAACAUAAGAAAAAUGUACAAACCCUACGAUUGGACUCUAUAAUAUAUUUUAC